AUGAGCAGGCGGAAUUGUUGGAUUUGUAAGAUGUGCAGAAAUGAAUCUAAGAAGCCCCCUUCAAACCUGACUUUGGAGGAACUGUUACGGUGGGCCCAGUCUUUUGAGAGUCUGAUGGCUACCAAAUAUGGUCCGAUAUUCUUCGCAGCAUUUGUAAAAAUGGAGCACAGUGAUGAGAAUAUUAAAUUUUGGAUGGCUUGUGAAACCUAUAAGAAAAUUUCCUCACGGUGGAGCAGAAUUUCUACAGCAAAGAAGCUUUACAAGAUUUACAUCCAGCCACAGUCCCCUAGAGAGAUUAACAUUGACAGUUCAACAAGAGAAACUAUCAUCAGGAAUAUUCAAGAACCCACUCAAACAUGUUUUGAAGAGGCUCAAAAAAUAGUGUAUAUGCAUAUGGAAAGAGAUUCCUAUCCCAGAUUUCUAAAGUCAGAAAUGUACCAGAAACUUUUGAAAACUACUCAGUCCAACAACAAUUCCUGA